AUGGGUACACAGGACCAGACAGGAGCGAAACGGAUCAGGGGGAAGCCUGUUCCCAGUCAACCAGGAUCUCACGGCACGGCAGUUAUGAACGUGCCGCCAUUAACAGGGUCCAGGGAGGCAUGCGAUGAGUGCCGUAUCCGCAAGGUCCGUUGCAACAAGGAAUAUCCCAAGUGCUCAAGCUGCCGCAAAUCCAACCUCGCCUGUGGGUUCUCUAACAAGGGGAAGCGAGUCAAUCAUACCAAGAAACUGGUGAACGAUGUCGAAAUCCUCGGAAACCGUCUCGGGAAGAUUGAAGAGGCGCUCAUUCGCUGUUUGUCAGCCGUAGAGCGUUCGCAGACUCCGUCAAACGCUGCUACACGGCAAAGCUCGGUUAUCCCGUCUGACGACAGUCAUACCGACCUGAAUGAUAGUCCACCUACGGACGGAAACACGGUUACAGAUGCGUCUUUAGAAACGAAUCCCGAACAAUGCAAUGACCAUACCUUCCCUGGAUCAACCCCUAUUGCUUCUUUAUAUACAGAGGCUCAGGCUGUGUGCGAUAGGCUGAGAUCGUUGUUACCGUUCUCGAGUCCAGAAAGCCAAUAUAGUCCGGCUUCACUAGAUUUCAUACCAGACCAGGCUUGUUCAUUGCAGUCACGGCUUCAAGAAGUCAGCGAAUUGUUUGAGAAAUUGACCAGAGAAAGUCCAGUCCUGUCGAUACCAGAGUCAGAUGGACUGCUGCCUUCAUUACCACCACGAGCACUUCUGGAGACCUGUCUAGAAACAUAUUUUGCAUGCCUGAGUCCCUUUCUGCCCAUCUACGACCGGCAAAGUGUCAUUUCAGCAAUCGAAGAGCAAUAUGGACCCAGUAUCAACAGACCGGACCCUGCCUGGGUGAUCUCGUUCAAUAAUAUCCUUCUACAGACACUGGAUGCAAGAUAUAGUGCAGCGACUAGAGCUGGUUCGAUUACUCACAACAUACUGGAAGAGGAGCUUAUCAAAAGUUUGUUAUUGAACUAUCGACGAGGGUACAACAAUUUCGAGAGACUUUUAAGACCGCAGUUGGCUAACGUGCAAGCACUGUUGAGCAUGGCAUUGAUCGCCUUAAAGUACUUCUCUCUCGCGACCUUCGAGACAGUCUUUGCACAGGCGUGCCAGCUAGCCAAAUCCAUUGGUCUCCAUCAAAGCAGUUCGGAUUCGGAGAACGCAGAACAGAUAGAUCUGUGGUGGUCAUUGUUCAUCAUCGAUAAGCACGCGUCUUUCAUGGCCGGCAAACCUUGCCUUCUUCCAUCGUAUGACUGUGGGCUGCCGUUCCCAGCGGCAAACUCGGAGCAUAUCCCACGGGAUCAACGUUCUGCACACAUCUCUCUGGCACGUAUUCAAGAAGACGUAUACCAACAUCUCUACUCCGCGCAAACAGCUCACAAGGGGCGAGACUACAUCCUUCGUCAAGCUCAGCAGAUCAACCGAACAUUAGAUGAGUGGGAAAUCCAGCACAAACACAUCCUCUCUCCUGCAAGCACUAUGACAGCGCAGGAAGCAUUUCGUCUCACCGAGCUGCGAUACACACUGUGUACACUCCGGGUCCUGACUCGAAGGUUGGAACAUUCAUCCAACAACCGAUGCUCACGCUUAGAGUAUGCGCGGGCCGGCCUUCGCCUAUUGCAAGAGACAUGUGAUACCCGUGGCGAUAGCGUCGUUGAACUUGCACUGUAUCAAAGUUUCUGCCUGAAUUAUUCCAUGACGUUGUACCUUGAGCUCUUCAUUGCCGUCAUGAAAGAGUACCAGCAAGACCACCGCAUCGAGACCGAGCUCCUUUCGUCCUUCGCUGCCCACAUGAACUUCUUCUCCACCAAAUCCUCCCCUACAUCUCAAGCGUCCAAAGCUGCCUACAUGACUAGUCUUUGUACCAACAUUGCUCUCGGCAUCCAGAUGCAAGACGAUGGUUUCCCGCACCAAUUGGCCCUUUCGAGGCCAAAUUCUGCACCGGACUCUCCGGGUCUCACGACCAUCUCUGCUGCGUCGACCUUUGGACCUGAGAUACUCGAGAGCUCUUCAUCGACGGUGGGAAUUCCCACCUCAAUCAUAGGGGAUCCCUCUUGGGAAUUAUCCUCCUUUGCCACUGACGGAAACCUCAACAUGAAGAUGCACGAAACGCAGGCAAAGUCUUACGAGCAAUAUGGACUUCUUGCUGGAAGUACCCCCACUACAGGAUUUGCGUAUAGACCAGAACUGGCAGGGAUGGGCUCGAUGGAAUUUGAUGCAAUGCUUGAUACAUUUGCUUCAUAUGAUCACGUAGGCGGACUUAUGCAUCACGACAGAAUUUAG